AUGCCGAAAACUAUCGACGUCAGCGAGACUGAGAAUGUCUCUUACAGCCAAUUCGCGUGCAUCGGCUCCGGCUUUGCAGCUAUUGGCCUCGGAGCAACGCUGAAGCGAUGGUACGGAAUCGAAGACGUAAAGUUCUUUGAACGGCAUAGCCAGCUAGGUGGAACUUGGUUCAUCAAUCGAUACCCGGUCCUUCAGAGCAACGAGCUAACAGCCUCUGGUGUCUCGGAAGGAUGCGCCUGCGACGUCCCCAGCGCCCUGUACAGCUUCUCCUUCGAGCCCAACCCGCACUGGACGCGAGUCCUGCCGACGUACUCUGAGAUCUGGGAGUACCUCAACAACGUGGCCCACAAGUACAACCUCGUCCGCAACAUGUCGUUCGACGUGCUCGUCGAGCGCUGCGAGUGGAUCGAGGAGCGCGCCCGCUGGCGCCUCUCACUCCGCCACCUCAAGUCGGGCGCCACCUUCUUCCACGAGUGCCAGUUCCUCUUCGCCGGCACGGGCGCGCUCGUCACACCCAACGACAUUGACGUUCCCGGCGCGGACACCUUCAAGGGCGUGAUUGAGCACACGGGCCGGUGGCGUCCGGACAUCGAGCUCGAGGGGAAGAGGGUCGUGCUCUUUGGUAACGGGUGUACGGCCGCGCAGGUCGUCCCGAGCGUCGUCCACAAGACAAAGUCGCUGACGCAGAUUGUGCGGUCGAAGCACUGGAUCUUCCCGCCCAUUGAUAGAAAGGUGCCCGACGUGAUUCGGUCCGGGCUCAAGACCGUGCCGGGCUUGGCGCGGCUGCUGCGCUUCAUCGUCUUUGCCGCGGCGGAGAGCUCGUUGCAGGGGUUCCCGUUGACGGAAGCUGCGAGCAAGUAUCGAGCUGGACAGAAGAAGGUUGCGGAGGAGUAUAUGCGGUCUACGGCGCCGGCCAAGUACCACGACCUACUGAUCCCGGAGUUCGAGAUUGGGUGUAAGCGGCGCAUCUUCGAUUCCGGAUACCUGAACAGCCUGCACGCCGAGAAUCUGACGUUGACGAACGAGAAGGCGCUGGAGAUUGUGCCGGAGGGCGUCAGGACGGCAAAGGGGCUGAUUGAGGCCGACGUGAUUAUCCUGGCCAACGGAUACCACACCAACGAGUUCGUUGCCGGGGUCAAUAUGAUUGGGCGCGAUGGCGAGACGAUACCGAGCCAUUGGAAGUCCUUUGGGGGGCCCGAGGGGUAUAAUUGUUCGAUGAUGAACAACUUUCCCAACUUUGUCAUGAUUAUGGGACCCAACGCUGCGACGGGACACACGUCGUCCAUCAUGGCCCUGGAAAACUCCAUCAACUACGCCCUGCGCGUCUUCAAGCCCGCGCUGAAAGGCAGAGCGAGCACUGCGGUGAUCAAGCGUGAGGCCGAGGAGGCGUACACCGACACCAUCCAAGACGCCUUGCAGCACAGGGUAUGGAACUCGGGGUGCAGCAGUUGGUACUUUCAAAAGUCGGCGGACGGCACCAAGACGUGGAACGCCAUGAGCUACCCCUAUACCCAAGGCUACUUUUGGUAUCGCUGUCUGUUUCCGGUGUGGUCCGACUGGGAGUAUAGCGGACAAACGAGUUCGGUCUCGUCGAUCAAGAAGAGGCAGCCGCGCGCAUUGCUUUUCGUCCUGACUACAUUGCUUGGUCUCGCGGCUUGGGGGACAUUUGACAAGACAGGCUUUGUUGCGGCUGAGCGCAUGCUUCUCACCAAAAGUUCAACAUCUUCAAAGCUAGCACACACGACCGUCACGGCAGGACCCAGCACCUCGCGAUGCCUCCUGGGCGACAGGAACGGCAGCGUCGUCGCAAAAUUACCCUGGCAUGUGAACCAUGCCGAGAGCGCAAGGCACGCUGCGAUGGAGGCAAGCCCAUAUGCUCGACGUGUCUACGACGAUCACUGGCCCUCGAGCAUUGCGUCUACACACUAUACAAAGACGCUUCAUGAGCGCAUCCGCAAGCUGGAACAGGCUUGCACAUCCCAUGGCAUCGACAUCAACACUCUCGAAGUCACUGCGCAAGACGCUCACGGCUCCGCCGCUGACAAUAUCUCAUCCACCGCUGCGAGAACCCAGGACUUUACCGCACUAGACGCCGCCUGCGCCAUGGACACAUCCGACGACCAAGCAGCGGUAGCGGCAGCCCAGCUGCCAUCGCCGUACUCGUCCGUUGGCGUCGACGGCUCCAGCGAGGCGAGACGGGUGACGGCCAUGGGCACCAUUCUCGCCGAGGAUGAUCUGGAGGACUCGCCUAACAAUUUGGCGGAGCCCGACUUCUACGGCAGCUCCUCGGCCGUUGCGUUCUUAAAGGAGGCCUACAGCGCGAUGAACUCGGCCCCUGCAAGAGUGCAGUCAUCCAAUCUAUUUCGGAGCCAGCAGGCACUGCCGUCCCUCUCGACGCCGUCUUCUCUAUACGCCGACUUUGACAAGUUCCUCUUACCGCCUCGCCCGUUUGCCGAUUAUCUUCUUCAACUGUACUUUCAAAGAGUACACUACCUCUACCCCGUCUUCCACAGACCGGCCUUUGAAAGAGCCUACGAAUCCCUCUGGCAACCGACGACCUCGACAACCGCAGCAGCAGUAGCCGCCUUCGAAGCAGGAGAAACGGACUUCCGCGGCGUAGGUCUGGGAUGUUCCCCCGGCGCAGACGCCACCACGAUCGUCUUCCACAGCGCCCUCAACUCCAUCUUUGCGCUCGCCUGCAACUUUGCGGACCUCACCUGCGCGGAAAAGGCAAAGAGCAUCGAGGUCUUUCUGCUGCGGAGCCGCAAGUGCCUCAGCGUCGACCUACUCGAGAAGAACAACCUCGGCGUCGUGCAGACGCUGUUGCUGUGCGGCUUGGUCUUUCAGGGGACGCCGUUUCCCGAUCGGUGCUGGAAUGCCGUUGGGAUCGCGUGUCGGAUUGCGCAGGGGCUUGGGCUUCAUAUGGAUGUUGUGGCGGCGCGGGAUAUGGGGGCCGGCCUUGGGGCGGAGGAGGAGGGAGGGUUCACUUUGGAGAUGGACGUUAGGCAGCGGACGUGGCAGGGUUGUGUUAUUCUCGAUACCCUCGUGAGCAUGACAUUCGGUCGACCUACCGUCACGUCUAAUCUAUCAGCAAACGAACUACUCUCCAGAUCCCAUUCCGGCGCAGACCAGAGUCUCGAGCAGCCCAAGCUGGAGUUCAUCACCCAAAGCUUCAAGCUGAGCUUGAUACUCGAGAACAUCCUCUCACAAGUCUACCAGGCGUGGCGAAACCGUUAUCCCGCCCAGAGAGCAAGUUGCGGCACGCGGGGAGGAGGAGGAGGAGGAGGAGGCAUAGGAGGACUCAGCUUCGACGCCAUUGUCGAGCUCGACUCCAAAUUAACCGACUUUGAGGACUUGGUACCGCCGCUCCUCUCGUGGGGAGGCGAGUCUGAAGCUUCCGUGCUGGACGGGGUCUCGUCUCCAGAUGACCUCCGUAUCCUCGCGACGCAAAAGCACGUUCUACACGCAAGGUUCUUGUAUCUCCGCCUCAUGCUCCACAGGCCGAUUCUCACCGAUCUCUCUGCGGAGUACGCCCGACCUCAUCGGGACACCGCCGGUGGCCGCCCAUCAUCGGAAGCAGCGUCCAGGUCGCGGGACAAGGGCCUCAGGGCUCCGUUCCUGACGGAGUGUGCUAGGGCGUGUGUAGACGCGGCCAUGCAGCUCAUUGAUCUGGUGCAGGGCUCGUAUCAGACGGACACGACGGGGGCGUGGUGGUGGAAUAGCUUGUAUGCCUGUGCCGCCGGCUUAGUCCUGAUCGUCUGCCGCCUCUGUCCACGCCUCUGGACAGGGCUGGACCACACAGCAACGUCUGCAUCGUGGGAGCAAUGCCAGGGCAUUCUGCAGGGCAUCGCGGCGUUCAGCGUUUCGGCUCGCAAGUCGCUGGAUCUGCUGCGCAAGAUUGACGGGGCCGUCACGCAAUUACAAGCAGCUAGGGAACCAUCGGGACAACAGAUGGACCCUGAGAUGAAUUGCGCGUCGGGGUUGGAGGAGAGCUGGUCGCUCCCGGCGGAUAUCGAUGUCUCGCUGCUUCUUGAGUCUGAUCCUAUGUCUUUCUUUCGCGGGUGGGAGGUGAUGGGUUACGAGACUUUGAACUCAUGA